CUGCUAACAUAGAAAUCUUCGUAAGAACAGCACUUUUUAGUAUUAUUUCAUCGAUGGUUCGAAUUGUACGUUAGCGUUUGUGAUUUUGUCAAUGAUUUAUAAUUGUGGUGCAAAUUAUCUGAAAAAAAAAUAGAAAUGGGAAAGCCUCCUUUGCACACAUUUUAACGUAUGAAUUUUAGGAAAUACAAAAACGAAACUUCUUAAAUUCAGCAACGAAAGCCUUUAUAGCGGCUUAAUAUGAUUACAUUACGUGGAAAACUGAAAAAGGACAAUGAUAUAACGAAUUCAAAGAAUAACAAUAGACGAGUUUCAAUACGUGAUAAAUUAUUGAUCAAAGAGGUGCAAGAAAUGGAACAAACAUUGCCAUUAACUUGUCAAGUCACAUUCAAAGAUCCACAUUGUCUGCAUGAAUUUAUACUGUUAAUUAUACCAGAUGAAGGAUAUUGGAAUGGUGGCCAUUUCUAUUUUCAAAUUUAUAUAACAGAGGAUUAUAAUAUGACGCCACCAAUAGUGAAGUGCUUAACAAAAUUAUGGCAUCCUAAUAUAAGUGAGGAUGGUGAUGUAUGUCUUUCCAUUUUAAGACAAAGCAGCAUUGAUGGAUUGGGAUGGGCACCAACGCGCAAACUAAAAGAUGUUGUAUGGGGUUUGAAUUCUCUCUUCACUGAUCUCUUAAAUUUUGACGAUCCUUUAAAUAGGGAUGCAGCAGAUUUGUUUAUUAAGGACAAAGAAUCCUUUCGAAAUAAAGUUAAAGAUUAUGUAAUGCAAUAUGCAAAGAGAUGAUUUAUAUUGUAAUAUUUUAAGGCAAGACUAAUUAUGUACAUUUAUCGUAUUGGUUUCAUAUAUAUAUGUAUAUAUAUAUAUAUAUAUAUAUAUGUCUCUUUUUAGUGAAUGAGUGAAGAACUUGCUCAAGUCUGCUUUAGAUUGAUAUGAUUUAACUCAGUUUUAUAUUUUGCUAGUCUUCUUUUGCCUGAAAGAUAUUACUGGGUCGAAUUUUAUAUAAUUAAAUUUUUUUUUUCGGAUUGUUAUAGAGACGAAUUAUAUUCAUAUAUAUUAAUUAUAAUCUAUAUAUAUUAUGUAUGAAAAAAUUGUAAAUGUAUGAAGAGGAUAAAAAUGCAUCACGUGUACAAUAAUGUUUUUUUUCUCUAUGAGACAUAAUAUAAUGUGAGAUGUAAUGUUCCAUUGGGACAUCUGUAAAUAAAAUGGGUGUUUAAUAAUAUACUCAAGUCGCAUUGUAAUUUACAUGUUCUUCAUAAGAAAACAUAAAGAAGGUGUCACACAUGUAUAUUCGAAGUAUCGAAUGUUAAGUAUCUUAAAUAAAUAUAGAGAAUACAGGGCUCUCCAGGGUUAAUGCGCGCAAUUAUUUCAUCAAAUAUUUAUUUAUAAUUUUCAUACAACGCAUAAUCGAAAUUUUUUGCUAAAUUUCAAAAAAUUUGAUUUGCACUUUGACUUGUUAAAAUGUAUAGGCAACAAUUCCUUUGUGUUAGACUCGUCAAAUUAACGGACGGUUGAGAAACUUGUCGUUUUACUUAAGUGCCGACAGAAUUCGUUGGCGAAGCAUCGACGAUCGGUUGACACGACGAUAUAUCUUUGCAUAUAUAAU